CAUCGUGCGAUGCUCAGGACGCACAAUGAUAUGGAUGCGAAUGUUGGGUCCUGCGCAUGCGCUCUGUCAGAGGAGAGAAAUCGUGGCUCCGUUAAGUUAGCAUCCAGAGCUAGCAGACUGGUUGGGGAACGCGGUGUGGAGGAAGGCGUCCUGCGCACGGAAGGCAGAAAGAUAUCGGCGACUUCAAAUAUCCCCAGCUAAUCCUCGAGCUAACCAUUAUCCCUCCAUGCUGCCCGGGAAAGGAAGAUAACGUUAAUAACCCUGCACUGCCACCUCAAUUAGCCACGGUGAAAGACAGAUAAGGGAAACUGCGUUCUGCGUGAAGAGUGUUCCUUUCUGGCAAAAUCAGUUUUCUAUUUUGAACAUACAUCUGCAGCCUCGGCGAACGUUACUUCUUGGAAGAAUGAGAUUGCCGAGUAACAAACAAUGUGCGGUGGAAGGAGAUGGGAAGAAGAUGGACCAAGCUCCUCCGUUCAGAAACCCUUUUGUGCACGUCUUGAAAUUCACCACUCUGGAAAAAGCAAAGAUUGCGUUAAUGACAGUCACACUAUUCCCCAUCCGUCUACUCAUAGCUGCAUUCAUGAUGCUGCUGGCUUGGCCUUUUGCCUUCCUGGCCUCAUUGGGACGCUCCGAGACCGCUGUUGAACCCCAGUGCCUCUGGAGGAGACUGGUGGACAUAAUUCUGAAGAUCAUCAUGCGGGUCAUGUGGUUUGCGGGAGGUUUCCAUUGGAUGACUGUGAAAGGGCAAAGGGCAUUGCCUGCAGAAGCACCCAUCCUCACCCUCGCACCCCACUCUUCUUACUUCGAUGCCAUCCCAGUCACCAUGACAAUGGCCUCAAUUGUCAUGAAGGCUGAGAGUAAGGAUAUACCUCUCUGGGGCACUUUGAUUAAGUACAUCAGGCCAGUGUUUGUAUCACGGUCAGACCAGGACUCCAGAAAGAAGACAGUGGAGGAAAUCAAACGCAGAGCCCACUCUGGAGGAGAAUGGCCUCAGAUAAUGAUUUUUCCAGAGGGAACAUGCACCAAUAGAUCCUGCUUAAUCACCUUUAAGCCAGGUGCCUUCAUCCCAGCUGUGCCAGUGCAGCCUGUGGUGAUUCGUUACCCUAAUAAACUGGACUCAAUCACAUGGACAUGGCAAGGACCUGGAGCGUUUAAAAUCUUGUGGCUGACACUCUGCCAGUUGCACAAUGAGUUUGUGAUCGAGUUCCUUCCUAUCUACACACCCUCAGAGGAGGAGAAAAAGAACCCCGCUCUCUUUGCUAUCAAUGUGAGACGCGUCAUGGCGAAAGCCCUGGGCGUACCCAUCACAGACUAUUCAUUUGAAGACUGCCAGCUGGCCAUGGCAGAGGGCCAGCUGAGACUGCCAGUCGACACCUGUCUGCUGGAGUUUGCCAAGCUCGUCAGGAGACUGGGGCUGAAACCGCAGAACACCGAGAAGGUUCUGCAGGAGUAUGGGAACAGAGCCAGGAAGCUGGAGGGGCAGAGGCUGGGCUCGGAUGACUUCGCUCAGUUCCUCGAUGUGCCAGUUUCAGACAUGCUGCGAGACAUGUUUGCUCUUUUUGAUGAACAUGAAGAUAACUGCAUGGAUAUCAGAGAAUAUGUGAUAGCCUUAUCUGUGGUAUGCAGACCUGCCAAAACUCUGGAGACGAUGAAAUUGGCCUUCAAGAUGUUUGAGGCAGAGGAGGAUGGCGCCAUCACAGAGAUGGAGUUGGCAGUUAUACUGAAGACAGCUUUAGGAGUCGCUCACCUCAGCGUGUCACGUCUGUUUACCGCCAUCGACUCUGAAGACACAGGGAAGAUCACAUUUGACAAGUUCAGAGGGUUUGUGGAGCAGCACCAGGACUUUGCUGAGGAGUACCUGCACACAGAAAACACAGGCCUCCACAGCGCUCCCUGCCACGGUCACCAAAUAAAGCCAAGCCUGUCUUCCCUGAACCCGCACGGCACUGCCACCACCAAAACGGCUAACGGUAUCUGCCCCGAUUUUAGCCCCAACGACCACGAUGGCACAAUAGAUGGACUCCUCAAGAAACACAACUAAAACAGUUUAAAAUAUAACGGGGGGGAAAACUAACUCCUCUCCUGGUGAGAGGCUGUUGUGCAAAAGGCAAAGGGUUGUUAGUUACUUGUUAGUUACUUUCUUGUUUGAACAGUAAGGGACUACAUUUCAGUAAUCACAAAAAUGAAGUUUACCGUACCCUUUUUUUAUUAGUAUUGUAUCCAUGAAAUUUUGUGAGGUUAUUUUCAGCCUGGUAACAGUUUAUUUUGUUAUAAAUUCCUUUGUUUUUGUUUUUUUUGUUUUUUUAUUAUUUUUUCAUAGCAAGGAUCGUCAAAAUGCCAAACACUGGUUGUUUCAGAUACAAUGCUUGAAUACUUGAAGGGCAAGCACUUAUAAAAAUUUCCUGGGGCAAAUGUUUAUUUAUUUUAUUUUUUUCUUUUCCCUCCAACAGAGUACUGACUGUGCAUGUUUUUAACAAGAGGGAAGCAAGAAAAAAAUCAAGCCCUGGACAGUGAAGUGAACUAAUUUUUAGUGAAAUCAGUGUUCGAUUCUCUUUUUAUUUGUAACUUUUAACUAUUUCCUUUCUUUAAUUGUAGCUGCCUUUUGAACUGAAAGUGCAGAAUGCAUGGGCUCAUGUUAUUUUGAGCAGUAUUGAGGAUUAUUUAUCUAAAGAAAGGAGGCCUGAUGGUACCAGUGACAAUUGUGUGACCACUUGAAGCAUUAAGCUUUAGCAGACACAUUUGAGGUGAACUCGGGUCUCUGCGAGUUGAUGGUCAUAAUUGCUAUGAGCCUGUUAUUUAUAUAUAUAUAUAUAUAUAUAUAUAUAUAUAUAUAUAUAUAUAUAUAUAUAUAUAUAUAUAUAUAUAUAUACAUAAACAAUGAUAUAUUUGAUUUAGCUCAGGGUUCAGUGACAAAAAUGAAAAAUUAACUUGUAUGAUGUCAUCAUUUUGAUGCUCACUGGGUUACAUGUUUUCUUUUCUUAUGACAUCAGUACUCUUCUUCCCAGUCCUUCUUCAUUCAAACAUACUUCAUUGAUGUGUUUUUUUUUUUCCUUUCAGGUUGGCAGAUUCAAGUGUCUUUUUUUUUUAUUGUUAAAAUUACACAAUGUGGACCAAAAAUGCAUUUAAUGUCACCCCUCAUGUCACCUGACUGUCCUUCUCCAGUCAUAGGUGUAAUGGCUUUAAAGGAAAAAUUCACAAUGUAUGACCAUUGAAAGCACAUUCAUUUUCGUGGCUAAGUUGGGUUUUCUAAAGGCGAGGUCAUACUAUUUUCCUUUCUGCAUUACACUGCUACAGUUUUAAUCAUACCUACACUUUUCACAGCAUAUCAUUCCUCAGUCUGUCUGAAAUCCCCACUGAUCCAGUAUUUUUUGAAGGGUGUAAUAGCUAAACAUUGGCCCGUUAGUCACCUGUAAAUUUGACCUUUCUGCUAUAUUUCUGAUGUGCGUGUUUUCCUUCCCUAAGAGAGGCAUGUUUUAAAAGCGAUCCAAGCACCUUUGCCAUUUAAUCACAUUUUAGGGACCAGUCUGGAACUCAAAAAUAUCCCAAAUAUUUAUGCCUCAUUUUUUGCAUUUUUACUAAUGCUGGUCGUAUUGGCAUAAAAUAUUUUUCACAAAUGUGAUUUAGUGCUUUCUCAUUAAACUGACAUAAAAUGUAUUUAUAACCAUAGGUUAGGUGGACCUAUGCUUUCAAAUUGAAUUAAAAUGAAGGAAUAUUUAAGAUUACAAAUUUUAUCUCAAAUCAGGCGACUAGUGGAGAUGUUCAUUAGUGUUUAUUGGUAUUUAAAUUAUUGAUUUUAGGACAACGUUACCUUGAUUCAUACUAGGUUGUAUUAAGACUUAACAGUUCUCCCCUGAAUUUUCUAAAUUAUCCAUAACUCAUUCUCUCUCUGUAGAAACUUUAUCUGAAAUUGCAAUUCUAGUAACACUUUUAAUGUGUUGACAAAACUUUUACUGUUUAUAUAUCAACUUACUGUUGAUGCUCAUUGCAAUCAUUUGCCAACAAUUCUUAAAUUGUUAGAUUGUUUUUUUUUUUUUCUCUUCUGUCUCUGGAAGUAGACAAAACCUAAAACUGAAAACACAAAAUGAAAGCUAGAUAAUGCUGCAGCUUCUCUAUAAAUGUCAUUUUAUAGGAAUAUGAUUUGUUAAAGGGAAUACUUCUCCAGCAGAUGAAAUGAAAUGCAUUAGAAUCAUUUUGUAGCCAGUUGUACUGGGAUCUGUGCAUUCAUGGUUUGAUUCUGUUGACUUUUUUUGUUCAUGGAUAUCUCAUAAGGAUUUAAAACUUGCGUUUUUUCCCUUUCUUUUUCUUUUCUUUUCUUUUUUUUAAUACUAUAAGAAUAUCAUGUCGGUGAGCAUCACAUUCCCAUUACACUCAUGACCAUGCAUACUGUACAUGUGUCCCCGCUAUGGCUUUCAGUGAAGCAAUAUUUCACAUCUCUUAAGCCUUCUCAAGAUAUAUGCUUUUGAAGAGUUCUGAUAUGUAUUUUGAAUAUUCCAAAUGCAGGACAUUUUGUGAAUUUUUGAUAUACGUAUAUGAAUGAUUUUUAUUUUCACUGCCAUGACAGAGAUCUGUGAUCUUCUCUCCUCUGCAGAUUGUAUUGAUGGUGAAAAUUGAGCCACAUUUUUUUUCCUUUGUAUAAUACUGCAAUUGUUUUGUGCUGUAUUCCUCAUACACAGUGUAAAGUUUUAUUGUUGUUAUUACUAUUAUCACUGAGUUGAUUGCUUAGAAACAAAAUGCAGAUUUCAUAUGGAAACCGAUAGCCUUGAAUCUAUAGAAUUUUUAUGCUAAAAAAGAGAAUGUAUAGACAAUCUUGUCACAAUCAGAAGCUACUCAAAGCGCUGAUCUCCAGUGGACAUUUUCCUAAGAAGUCAUGGUUUUCAAAUGUACACUUUUUAUCCUGUUGGAACCCUGUCUCCAUUGACUUUUUAUUUUAUGUUUUGAGACGUGCAGGUUGAACUAAGCAAAGUGUGAGUGUGUAAGUGUGUCGGGCCUUGAGGUGAUGUCUGCCACCACAUGACAGGCCGCGUCGCACAAACACUCCAGACUGUACGUACAUAUAAACUAACAUUUGAUAUGUUCAAUCACAAUCUUUUAGUAUUGCCCACGUACUACUUUGUCCUUUUAAACUGUAUGUAUUUGUGCUUGCACUUUAGAUUACUUUCUUUAUUUUUUUUAAAGAAAUAUCACAUUGCUGUAAAGCAUGUUCUGUUUGUAGGUUACAGUAUUGUAGCUCAUUUCUGUUAAUAUGAAUAAUUUUUCAUUCAUUCAUAUAUUUGCUACAGUAAUGGGAGCACAGAGGAAAUUAGGGAUCACAAAUGAAUGGAAGUUGUCCCUUGCCCCACAUUUGUUUAUAGACCUACUUUUCUGCUUUGUCUCAGGAUUGUGGAAAUUUUGUAGCUUGAAAAUGACUUUGUAAACUUGUAGAACUCGGCAACAUCGUACGGAUUUAAAUGACAAAAAAUAGUUUGCACCGUGGAAUGGAUAAGUAUUAAAUGUACUCUGAAGUGAUGUGAUUUUUACAACAGGUGGUUAAGUAUACAGUUCACCCUGUAUGUAUGUAUGUAUGAGGGAAAUUAUGCUGUUUUUGUAUAUAGGUGGGGAAUCUGAUUGUGAAUUACAAUUGACACACUGACAUGAAUUGAUAUUUCAAGACCUGACCCAGAAUGAAAUGUACUGAGCCACAGUAACCCCCCAUGCCGUUUGUUUCAUACUUCAUCAGCAAGUCAAAUAUAUGUACAUUUAUAUAUAUUCAAUAUUUACAUUCAGACCAAUUCCGCUUUGGGGUUGUAGGAAAAUACUGGGUCCCUUUCUUUUCACACUUGUUUUACUUCCCUUUAUUUCAAAUACCUCAGUAGAGGAGAAUCUCAUUUUCUACUUGCUAUCAGUCUGAGAAAAUGUAAACCUGCAAGAGAUAAACUUGUAUUUAUGCUACUGCUGCCUGCUUACCACAGUUUGUCCAACAGCGAGCCUAAGACGAAAGACUUGUGUACUCUGACGGAGCGAUAAUGUCUUUCUGAUGGCUUAUUGUGUGUGGACCAAGAAACUGAACUCUCUGUUUUCUCUGUAGCUUUACUUCCUGUUUCUUUUUUUCUAUACUCGACAGGUUUUAUUUUGUUAAUGCAUUUUGAUGAUGAAGAGUCAUUCCUGCAAGCUACUUUGGAUUUGUCUGUUCAGGACUGCUAUGAUAUAACUUGUUAAUGUGACUCUUGGAUUGAAUUAAAAAAAAAAAAAAAAAAAGAAACGUUAACAUA